GUUAGGGUAUUAUUGGUUGGUGAUAUUUAGGCGUUUUGUCCCGCCCAUUAAACGUUGUUCGGCUCUCCUCCGCCAGCGGUGUGUCGGCCGGUUCUUUCUGAAGCCACAACCACCACACCAUCCAGACAGGUUGAUUAUCGGGGCUGCGGGGUCGCCCUGACGAGUUGAAAACGGGAAAACGGUGAAGCUGAACAUCCGCUUCGUCCACUGACCGUCUGAUCUCCCGAUGUCGGACUUCAAGCUCGGGAUCGUUCGGCUGGGCCGUGUGGCCGGGAAGACAAAAUACACACUAAUUGAUGAGCAGGACAUACCUCUGGUGGAAAACUAUGCCUUUGAGGCACGCAUGGAGGUAGAUGCAGACGGCAAUGGAGCCAAGAUCUUUGCCUAUGCUUUCGACAUCGGUAAAGGGCGCUGGGCAGGAAGACCCCUGCACGAGCUGCUCUGGGAGAAACACAGAGGAGGCAUCGCCCCCAGUUUCCAAGUGGUCCACAUCAAUUCGGUCACUGUGGACAAUCGCCUAGACAACCUACGCCUGGUGCCAGCGGGAUGGAGCCCUAAGCCAGAGGAGAUCUCCAGCAAGCAAAGGGAGCAGUCUCUGUACUGGCUGGCCAUCCAGCAGGUGCCUGCGGACCCGGUCGAGGAGCAGUACCUGGAGCUGAGCCGGACCCGCUACUACAACGCCAAUGGGGAGCUGGUGGAGGAGGAGGAGUGCUCCUGUACCUACUACGAGUGUCACUACCCGCCCUGCUCACUCAUCGAGAGGAGGCUGCGGGAGUUCAACAUCUGUGGCCGCUGCCAGGUGGCGCGGUACUGCGGCUCCCAGUGCCAGCAGCGGGACUGGCCGGCCCACAAGAAGCAGUGCCGCGAGCGCAAGCGUGCGCUGGCGCUGGAGUCGGAGCCGGAGCGGUGAUGCCCCUCCCCUCCCUCCUCUGCACUGGAGACGCAGGGGGGGGCGGUGUUAAGACAUUGUGGAGAAGCCGACAGAAGGCGAGUGGGGGUGGAUUGGUUGGGGACACAAAGUGCAAAACGGAUAAAUAUCUGCUGACGGGAGACUUAGGCCGAGGACAAUGAUGGUGGCUGCUUGCGACUGGAAGUGUGUGUGUGUGUGUGUGUGUGUGUGUGUGUGUGUGUGUGUGUGUGUGUGUGUGUGUGUGUGUGUGUGUGUGUGUGUGUGUGUGUGUGUGUGUGUGUGUGUGUGUGUGUGUGUGUGUGUGUGUGUGUGUGUGUGUGUGUGUGUGUCCUUGGACCACAGUCGACUACAGAUCUCCAAAGAAACUCUGAGGAGCAGGCUCAGAAGGCUACAAGUGAUGGUUACGGACAGGUCUCUUUCACAUGGCCACCAUCCAACCCCAGAUCAAUCCUCCUGACCACAUCCAAGUUGGCGGUCAUGCUUCUCUGAAACCAGCUGCCACCACAUGCCACAGAUGGACUCCACUGAUUGAAAAUAACACUACCAGUAUUGAGUAGGUGUACGUAUGCGUGUGUCAUGCCAUUAUGGACUGAAGGUCAUUUGAAGAAGUGGGCUGGGUGUUUAUGUAUUGUUUGUUCUUUUUGCAAAAGGGGCCAUAUUAUGGAUUUUCAGUUUCAUAAGUUAACUAUUUGGUCCUAAUCAUAAAUAUUGUGGGUGGAUGUUUUAGUUGGGGAGGGAGGGCUUGGGGGAAGUUCAUUUAUUUUGUUCUUUGUUGAACCAGCCGUUAAAUAAAGGCUUUACACUUCAUCUUCAAGAGAUGUGGCCUCUGGGUUUGGUUUUUAAAAGGAUCAAAGGAGAACUGUGAUACUGUACUGUUGAAUAGACGAGAGCUAACUCCAUGCCCCCUGUUGGUUGAUUGACUUGCUAUUGGGAGAUUCAUGUUUACAGCUGGUCCUGAUCUUCAUUGGCACUCCUUCGUGGUUGAACCGCAUCAACUACAAAAUAGUCUGAUAUUGUCCAGGUUUGUAUGAGGAGGUUUCUUGAAGGGGUUUGCUUGACUUGAAUUGACAUCCAGGGUCUUUGUUGUGAUCCAGUGGCUCUUGGAGGUGCAUUCAUUGAAGCAGCUCACACCUUUGCGGUCACUAAAUUCAACAUGAUAUCCGUGCAGAAAAAACACUUUGAAACCCUAAUUUAUGUUUCGCAGGGUGUGCUAAUUUCUACAAUCCAUGCUUUCAGUUUUAUCCUCGUGAAAAAAAAUCCCAUAUUGCACGAAAAGUCACUUGAACUUCCACUCGUAUUGUAACAAUGGUUGAGAGUCAACGUUUUGUUAUCGUUUCCUUUGUAAGAAUGUAUGAGAACUGAAGUGAUCCUACAGUCCAGUUUAAUAUUAAGCCCUUUGUGACAUCACAAAUGGCCAGGUAGGAUCAUUCCAAGAUCACAAACUCAUCUUCAAGAGCUGAAUCGAUUCUCCGAAGUGUUAAUGGGCCUUUUUUUUUUUUACUUUUUUAUACUUCCCAGCCUGGUCCCCGAUUCUGUUUACACUGCAUUUGACGUAAUGCAGAAUCUUUUCAUUUGUCCUAUUAUGUGUCCUGGGUUGUGUCUGAUACUUGCAUACAACCAUGUACCACAAUGUUUUGGUCGUCAUAUGUGAACAGGUUAUUGAACACUGCUCAAUGUUAAAGAAUUGUUCUUGGUGUGGAUGAGGGGUAAUUGGUUAAUUAGAGAAUCUUUAUUGUUUUAACUAAUCAGAAGAGUAACAGUAUGUGAAAGGAAUUAUGGUGGGGAAUAGCGCAUUUGUUCACUGUAAAAUGCUCAAAUAAAAAAGUAAAGUUUGA